UAUAGCGAAGAGAAGGAGGGGUGACCGCCGCAGAGAAGCAGCGAGGCGCCGCCCGACCAGUUCCGCUCCAGCCGCCCGACGAGCCGGUCGCGCCGCGAUGCUCACCGCCGCCCUGCUCGUGCUGGCCACGCUGCUGGCCAGCAUCUGGAUCUACAUCUCGUGGCACUUCAACUACUGGGAGAAGCGCGGCGUCAAGUACAACAACCCCUUCAGCUUCUUCGGCGACCGCGGCGCCGGCCUGCCCUUCGGCAAGCCCUUCUGGAGCCUGCUCGACCCGGUGUACAACAAGUACCGCGGCAAGGAGCGCUUCGUCGGCACGUUCCAGGCGCGCCAGCCCGUCCUCGUGGUCCUGGACCCCGACCUGGUGAAGACCAUCCUGACCAAGGAGUUCAACGCGUUCCAGGGCCGCGGCCAGCCCUUCGACGAGGAGGGUGACCCGCUCAGCGCCAACCUGUUCAACCUGGUCGGCCCACGAUGGAAGAACCUGCGCUCCAAGCUCAGCCCCACCUUCACCUCCGGCAAACUCAGGCUCAUGGUCCCGCUCAUGACGGACAUCAACAAAGAGCUGACUGCCCGUGUGAGCAGCUUGUCCAAGGAGCAGGGCGAGAUUGAGAUGAAGGAUUUGUUGCUGCGCUACGCCACGGACGUCAUCGGCUCGGUCGCCUUCGGCAUCUCGUGCAACUCGCUCAAGGGCGAGAUUGACGAGUUCUACAAAAUGACACGCGAAGUGUUCAACAGAAACAUUCUGUUCAUCAUCCGCUUCUUCCUCGUCUCCAUCCACCCCAUCUUCAUCAAGCUCAUGCCCUUCAAGAGCCUCUUCGACAAGACGACCAACUUCUUCAUCAAGCUCAUGAAGGACACGGUCGAGUACCGCGAGACCAACAAGAUCGAGCGCAACGACUUCGUCAACCUGAUGAUGCAGCUGCGCGAGGCGGACCGCCACGAGACGGACCGCGUCAACCACAUCGAGUUCAACCACAACGUCAUGACGGGCCAGGCAUUCCUCUUCUUCAUCGCCGGCCUCGACGCCAUCGCCAACAGCGUGGGCUUCGCGCUGCACGAGCUCAUGCUCAACCCGGAGCUGCAGGAGCGGGCCGCCGCGGAGGUGCGCGCCAUGGUGGCCAAGCACGACGGCAUGACGUACGAGGCCAUCAGGGGCAUGGACCUGAUCGAGAGGAUCAUGAGGGAGGUGCUGCGCAAGUGGGGGCCCGUCGGGAUCCUGACGAGGCAGGCCAACGACACGUUCAAGAUCCCGGACUCGGACGUGGUCAUCGACAGCAGGGUGCUGGUGCAGAUCCCCGUGUGGCAGCUGGGCCACGACCCGCAGUACUUCCCGGAGCCGGACCGCUUCGACCCGGACCGCUUCACGGACGAGGCCAAGGAGCAGCGCAACUCGUACGCGUACCUCCCGUUCGGCGAGGGCCCGCGCUUCUGCAUCGCCGAGCGCUUCGCCGUCCUCGAGAUGAAGCUGUGCCUCGCCGGCCUGCUCGAGAAGUUCGUCUUUAGCGUGGGCGACAAGACGGACGUCAAGAUGAAGCUCAACAUUAAGCAGUUCUCCCCCACGCCCGCCAACGGCUUCUGGGUGCGCGUCGAGGACAGGCCGUGAGCCUCAUCGCAGCGUCCCUUGGGCGAGGACGUCGACCCCGCUGGGCCCCAGCCCCGGACCCGGGCCCCAGCUGGGCGGGGCGGGGCGGUCGGCGGGACCGUUUCAUGUCAUGUGAGAGGACUCUGGCGCCGGGGCCUAAUGGUAAUUGAAGCCAGCUGGCCAGCGCUAGGCCACGCAGUCGCUGCGCGGGCUGCGCGGGUGGGGGGGACCCGACCUCCCCGACAGCCCUCGAGGGCUUCCCCGACCUGAGCCAACAGCAAGCGGCGUGAGCAGGCCAUGCCGACAUGGACAAGAUCUGGACAAACGCAGAGAGACUUUUGGUACGGGGCAGGGGUGGGUGGUGGGUGUUCUAAGCUAAGACGUAUAUUUUUCUGGGUACACUGUACCGCAUGCAGGUGUGCGGGCGGGCUUGCCUACCGACUCUCACCAAGGCGCCUUAUGGCCCUGUGCAAAGUCUGCAAUCCGACCGUUCCGUCCACCUGCAUCCUAUACAAGAUACCUAGAAAAAUAUACGGCUUAGAACACCCACCCUGUAUAUCCAAGCACGAUGGAGAAUUCAAAAAAAUAGACUUAAACUUCAAAAAGUUGAAGUGCAGCUUGGGAAUUUACGCAGCACUUUGCGAUUGAAACCAGUCAGUGCGACAAACUACGGAGCCGUAAAUCUAAUCAAUGCUCGUGUUUUCUCCUUCUCCCCGCAACCCAUACAAAAAGUAUUUUUAAAAUGUCUUAGUUUGUAAGAAUUUUUUAUAGCAAUAAAGAAAAAUUUCUGUUAAUAAGUCA